AAGUAUCAAUCCGUUGGCGUUACAUUCCCUCAGCUCCUCAACGGAACAUCCGCAAACCAUGAAGUUUCUCCUCGCUCUUGUUGGUGCCGUCUGUUUGGUUGGCGGAAUCCAUGCUCAAACCUCUACCCUUGGCACUACGGUUACUAGCGCCAUCAACAUCUCCAAGAACAGCCUUUCGACUGCAAUCCAACAGCUAAAUGGCACGAUCAACAUUGCCGAUCAGUCGGUGUCGACAGCAUACACCCAGUUCGUUCAGAACGUGGCAGCCCUGUACACGUCGUACUACAACCGUUUCUCCAACUAUACCACCAUCGACUUGAGCGGUCUCAACCAAACCAUCUGCAAUUUGCAAAACACCAUGAGCCCACCCCAGCCAAUUCAAGAUUGGUCCACCACUCAAAUCUUCACCGACGUUCAAGCCAGUGCUCAGCAGAUCGAAAGUACCCUCAAUGCAGCUGUCCAGACCAUGACCAACUCCUGUGCGCCACCCUGCGCCAACGCUGCCAAGGUUGCCACCUGCACAACCAAAUGGGGCCCUAAGCUGUCGACUGCUCCGAUCACCAUUGACCGCAUUACCGACUGCGUCACCGCCGAACUGGUUCGCUUCUCUGACAUCGGAUCCAACAUGGCUUCGAUGUACAACAACCUGUUGACCAGUGCAUCGAACUACCUUAAGGUGGUGGACGUCUGCGACACUCCGGCUCCGGAAGUGCUAAACAACCCAUCCCCGAUGUACGGAUCUCCGUCUACACAAUGUCUGAAUACUUACCUCCAGAGAAUCAGCUACAUGCCGAUCAACUCCUACGUAGUCGACAGCAUGCGUUAUCCCCAGACGUACCUGAUCCAAUUCCGUGUGCAGCGUUGCGCCAAACUGGUUGAGCUGGAUGUCAAGGAUCGUGUCGCCAAGGUGCUAGAAAGUUUCCAGAGCUGUCUGUAGAUUCGAACGAUAUGGAAUCAGCUAACGCUAUGAUGAUAUCAUCUGUGAGAAAAAUAAUCUAACGCUUACCGUUGAACUUGGAAUUAUAGUGCAGCGGAAUUAAGUAUUUCGAAAUGCAAAUAAAAUACCAAAACAGUUCAAUAAUAAUAA